CACAGUCAGAAUUAUACAAUACAAAAUAAGUUUUUUCAUCCGUUUUGAACAAGUGAAGACAAGCUUCAUUUAGAAUUGUUUAAAUUGCAGAUGGCAAAAAUAGUUGUUUAAAUAUGCCUUCAUUAAAUUAAAUUGAGAGGAGUUCAUUUUAAAUGUUUUUCGAGGACGAUACGGUAACGGUUACAGCUAACUGUAAUUAAGCAAUCUAAAUUUCAUUCCAGAGUAAAAGUCUUCUGAUGUCGAGGAGGCCAUAAGAUGCCAUACGUUCCUCCUGAGUUCAGACUGAAAAAGAAGAGUCUGAAGGCGAAUCCGAAAAUCUUGAAUGAUUUCAAUGCGAGCACAGCAUCAUAUAUCUGGCUCAGCCUUAGUGUUUCAAUAAAAGUGCAAGCUCAACAUAAAACAUGACGCAUUAUGCCCGGGACGAAUGCUAUCAUAAUAACAAAAACGAUGCCUUAUCCACUGACAGCCGACCAAUUAAUAACAGCACCAUCUAUAAUUAUGAUGAAGAGCAUUCGGGUGCAUAUGCUUAUGAUGAGUAUGGUGUUUCAGAAGAGUACUCUUCUGAUGUGAAUUGGCCUCGAGAUGACUAUGGCCCAGAAGAGCAGAAUGUAGCUGGGGUAGCAACUGGGGAGUAUUGGGACGAGAAUAUCGGCGCUCCAAUUGAUUAUGGAGGCAUUGAUUAUGGAUAUGGCUCAACUACACCAGUGACCAACAAUGGGUGUGGCUCGUCAGCGAAAUAUUCAGAUGAUGUGCCAAUUGAAGGUACGUACACCAGAAGAGGCAAUCGCGUUGGUGUCUGCUUGCCAACCGCACCCGCGUCGUCGUCGACGAUAAUAAUGGAUAAUUCGAAAUAUCGGAUGUUACCGCACGCGGCUGCUUACCAGAAUGUUCACGCUCAAAACAAUCUGAAUGGACAUUCCGGCUAUGCACCGAAUGCUGGUUUAAUAGACGAGAGAAUAGGUAGUUUCAUUAGUUUGCCAGCGGCGCCAAUGCGGAUGUUACCCGAGCCUCAGCAACGACCCAGCUCCUCACAUCGAUUAUUUGAAGAUAACAACUUAAAGUCAGAUGCCUUCGGAAAUCAAAACGUGCGUGGUAGCGUAUCGGGUACACCCGGGUCAGCCAGAGGGACCAGCAGCUAUGACGUGUUCUACCAAAUGGCUCGACCCUACACAUCUAUGCUGCCGCUCGACUACACCGACUACUCUGAGUACGGUGGCAAUUCUGAUAACUUGUCAGCGUACAGUGACACGCCGCCAGUAAGCAAUGCCCAGCACAAGUUGCAACAGCAGCGAAAAAUCUCACUUAUGAUGGCAAUGACAACAGCUUCUGUGAUAGCAUCUGGGGAGACAAGAGUACCGGUUCAGCACUCCAAUAGGCGAAUUGAUAAUUAUUCAGUCUCGGCCACCAGUGGUGUAGUGCCAUGUUGCGAUCAAAAUAUCAGCAUUUGUUCAUCUUCCUCCUCCUCAGUUGCCUUUACCAACGCUACUACGAUAGCUUUAGCACGGUGGUCAAUAACAGACGCUCAGACAACUACUACGAUGUCGACGACGACGACGACGACCACAACUAGAAAAUUGCCUAAACUUCUCCCGACACCUGCUAUACAGUAUAAAUCAUCGCAUGCCACUGGCACAUCAGUUCCCGAAGUGAUUUCAGAAACUACAUUCCAAUCCCAAGCGCAGCCUGAGAAAAAUCAUCGCGCAAAGCAGUUGCCAAAGUUGCCCGUGCCAAAAGCACAAGCUAAUCUGAACUCAGUUUCUAUUGGUUCAGAAAUCAGUAUCAACCGGACAGAAUCGAUGGUUUUACCAUUAUCAAUAUCUGUUAGCUCAUCGCCAGAGAGAUUGCCUGCAAUACCAGAUUCCGAUCGGAUGACUACCCUCAUGGCCCCAAGUUCUCCUAUGAUAUCAACGACAGCCAUGGCCUUUGUUGAUGGUGCCAAUAAUUUUUCCCACUCGGAGGAGAGUCAAACAUUCACAAAAAUGCAUAAUAGAACUCAGUUCCAGAACCAUCAGAGCGAAGUGCCCAGGUCUGUCGACUCAUUUAGAUCUUGGCCACCAACUUCGAUAGCCACCGAAUCGCUUUCAUUGUUUCAAAGUGAGCUUUCUAGCGACAAAAGCCAGCUAGAUUUCACAGUACCCGCCAAACUCAUUCAAAAUAUAUCAACUGAAUCCGCGCAAUCCGAGCAAGAAUCAUCUUCAGCGGUCCCAACAUCAAACCAUCACCAUUCGGCUUUCACAGAAACAGAAACAACAGUACCAAUUGCUGCUUUAGGCGAAGCUAAGACAUCAUCAUUUGACAUAUCUGAUUACUUAAAACCUUAUACAUUUGAUUCACUUAAAUUUUCGACUCAAAAUGAUCACACCAUGAUCCCUACUACCGCAAGGACCACUUUCGACACAUACGUAAGUGGUAGGGAGGUUUCGUUGGACUCAUUUAAACUGACAUCACUGGAAUCCCAAAUGCCAAAUUCGAUUACCUCAUGGACGACUAGCCCCAUUAACAUUGAAUCAUCACUGUUAAGCGGUGAUGCUGUUGCCGCCGUUUUAACGGCACCAAAAGAGGAAAUGGUCAUAACGCCGCUAAGUGAGUCUUCAUCCACAUUGUCGUAUUUACCAAGUAAACCGAUCUUACCAAUCCCGUCAACAAUGGAGGUUAAAAAGUCUGACCAAUUUGCAGCGACGAGUGUUUCUCACGAUACAGUCACAACUUUAAGCCACUUGAGUAACGUGUUCACAACAACUGUUAUUGCGUCUAGUCCUUCGACAAUAGGCAUCACAAACACUAGUCCAGCUACAGUUUCUACGCCAGCGUCAAUUAUUGUUGAUUUACCUACGCUAUCGUACGUUGAUUAUAUGAAAAAGUUUGAACUUCCAGAACUACCGCCAAUUCUGGAUAUUUGUAGUGACGAGACAACAGCAGUUUUUCCAGAAACAAGUACUACAGAUAGCGUUACUGCUACUACAGAUGCAGGGCUUCGGAAAUUCAGUACUAGUGGAUUUGCGGAGACAGAAACACUUAAAAGUACAGCAACAUUGCCUUCCCAUACUCAUCCCCCAGAAUCAAUCACACACUGCGAGCACGAGUGUAAAGAAUUUGGAGUACAAAGCUAUCAGUCUAAUCAAUAUCAAAGCGAAAUUCCUACCUGGCUGCCAAACCUAGUUCCGAUAAAUACUGUUUCCACUCAUGCUGAUAUGAACAAAUACCAUGAAAUAAUUUCAACCGAAGCAAAACUCGAGCCACAAAUAUCAGAAUCUUUACCGGAUUAUUUAUCAAGCCACAUAGACCAGCCAUUAGAGAGCACAGUUUCAGCUUUCGAUGACAGCUUUUACGAUAGCUUUAAUGUCGAUUUAUCAGCGCUAACGGCAACAAUUGCACAUAUUGAAAGCGAGACGUGCUUAACUCCUGCUCUGAACCCAAACAGCAAUGAUACUUUGAAUUAUCUGCCCUCAGAUCCAUCAAGUAAGGCAUACAUGGAUGUAAGGGAGACGGGUAGUUCAAAUGAACUGAACGAGUCGUUCGGUUUUGGCCAAGGUGGAUAUUACAAGCCAUCUCAAAAACAACAACAGCCGUGUGUGCCAGACGAAGCUCCACUUACACCUCAGAAAGCCAAAGUCGUUGCGUCGGCGGCUACCAGCGUCCUGGGAGGUCUGUCUAAGGGAAUCAAGGGCGGAUUGGAUGGUGUGCUCAGCGGUGUUAGCUCAACGAUGGAAGCAACUAAACAGUAUCCAGCCAACAAUAACAGUAAGAAAAGUUUUGGGUUUGGAUUGGCCUCAAAAUUGGUACCGAGUGUAGGAGGAUUGCUUUCCAGCUCCAACAAGCAAGACCAACAGCAGGAAACAGCACCAACGACUUCCACCGACUCAACAGCGGAC